UUCAACAACCUAGCUAGGUGUUUAAUUUCCAAAGACAUGAAUAGUGAAAUUUACUUUUGGCAGCCCCAAUUAAUAUAUAUUCUCCACAAGGUGUUGCCAUUUGUUCUACACCACUGAAUCUGAGUUGCAAAAGGUUGCUAGCUUGGGAGAGAAGAAAAUUUAAUUAUAUACGUAGCACCACCAAUUCAAUUAUAAAUCCACCACCAUGAUGAAGAGCCUAAAACAAGUGAAGAAAACAAGAACCUACAAGCUUGAGAGAUCUUCUUCAACAAUGGAAUACCAAAUCACAGCCCCAAGUGACCACCAAUAUUCCACAGGCUAUGUGACCAAAAAGUCCCCUCCUCCACCUGUGGAGUUUCCUACCUCACCACAACUCAUAUUUGGGGAGGAGAUUCUUCACUUCAGCCACCCUCAGCACCCUCUCUCAAUGGUGGAUCUCCCUGACCUGUUCAAUUGUGUGGGGUGCAAAGAGUAUGGCUCUGGAAAGAGGUUUGUUUGCCAGCAAUGUGAUUUUCAGCUGCAUGACUUCUGUGCCUUGGCUCCUCCUGCUCUCAAGGCACACCCCUUUCACUCACAACACUCUGUCUUGUUCCAUUCCAAACCAGCCAAGACUGGGAUGGCAAAAUCAAAAUGUGAUGUGUGUGGCAAACCAACAAAGGGCUUUGCCUUCCUAUGCACUGCAUGUGCCUUUCAGAUGCACCCAUGCUGUGCCAUGCUCAACACCGAAAUCGAGUACCCACCCCACCCCCACACUCUCAAAAUGCUCCCAACAACCUCAUCGACUGCCCCGGACCCCGCCUCCUUCGUCUGCGGUGAGUGCAAGAAGCGGAGGUCCGGGAAGGUCUACCGCUGCACUGUGUGCAAGUACCAUCUCCACGCGGUGUGCGCCAAGACCAAGAUCAACGGACUACAAGCCAACGGCAUUAGGACACCUGAGAAGCCUAGCGUGCUUGCUGCUGCAGCACGUGUGGCUUCUCAAGUGGUCAUUGAGUUCAUUGGAGGACUCGUUGAGGGCAUUGGAGAGAGUGUGGGAGAUGUGCUUGUGCAGAACAUUGCUAAGGGAAACAAUGGUCCUGCUAAUGCUAGUCCAAAACCACGAUACAAAUGAUCAUUAUAAUCGCCAAUGAGAGGGAUGAAUAUUGUUUUUCAUGUUUCCUCUCAAACUUUUGGGAAAGAUACAAAGACAAAUAUCUAUGUAAGGUUUACUAUAUUUGUUUUUUUACAAUGUGUUUCUCUCCCAAAUGCAAAAGGGAAACGAGAGGAUCGAUUCUUAACUCCCUCUGCGGGAACGACUCUUGUGUGAUGAAUCCCUGGUGUCGCUAGGUCCAUUCAACAUAGACAUAUAGUUUCCCUAUAGAAAAAAAUUGUAUAUCAUUGAUUAAUGCAACUAUUUUAUAUUGUUUGAUUCUGUUGUAUAUUUGUUGUUGGUUUGAGGAGGGGAGUUGUAAACGGUGGCUAGGUUAGUGUUUCAUAUUAUUUAUGUUUUUAUAUAAAUUUAAGUACUUUAUAUGUGUGUAAAUUGUAAAAUUUCAUAUAUAUAAAUAUUAAUUAAUCUCA